GAGUCUGCAGCAGAAGCCCGAACACACAUAAUAGAACAAAGUAGCCCUGAUAGAAGAAAGUAGGCUUAUCGUCGUCAAACAGGAAACCUCACAAACAGGCCACGCCCCCGUGUUUUAUACCCCCGCAGCUGGAUAAAGACUCGCAGACUACGAGGAAACUCAUCUGUAAUAAGAAGGUGGAGAGAUGGCAGCAGAUAAGCUGAAAAAGGUGAGGACGAAGUUUGUGGAAAAGGCCAGUAUGUCACUGAUCAAGCAGCUACUGGACGACCUCCUAGACAAUGGCAUCUUGAAUGAUGGCCAGAAAGACUCAAUAUUGGAGGAGAACGGGACAAAAGCAGACAGAGCACGCAAUCUCAUCGACGUGGUGAAGGCAAAAGGAAACAAAGCCAGCGAAAUACUGAUCGCUAGCCUUGAGAGUAGAGAUAGUUCUCUCUUCUCUGAACUGGGUCUUUCCUCCGCUCAAACUGCUCCGCCGGCUGCGGAGCCAAAGCUGGAGCCGACGUGGUCAACCACACUCCUUCACACCACCGACGAUUUCUGCAGUAAACUGAGUAAUAGAGAUAUUUACCCUGCAAGCAAAAAUUCCAUUAGCAAUCGUGUGGCCCUGCUAAUCACCAACAUAAAGUUUACUUAUGAGAUACCGAACAGAAAUGGCGCCGAGAAGGAUGAGGAGAACAUGGAGAUUCUGAUGAAGGGACUGGGAUACGAGGUGGUGAAACACCGUAACCUCACAGCAAAGGCAAUUGAUGAGGCUUUAAAGGAGUUCGCCAAACACCCCAAACUCAAAAAAACAGACAGCGUGUUGGUGGUUUUGAUGUCACACUGCGGUGUGGACUGGAAGCGUGAAAGAAAGGCAGAUGAGUUUCCCAUCGACAACAUCUACAAACACCUGGGCCCAGAGAAUUGUCCAGCGCUGCUGGACAAACCCAAGAUCAUCAUCAUCCAGGCCUGCAGAGGAGGUGACGAAGGAGCAGUGGUUGUUAGAGAUGGUGAUGGUCCAGCUUUGGCCUGUGAUGAUGCUGGUGAAGAAGACAUUGAGGAUGAUAAUUUGCGUCUUGUAAACAAAGAAAAAGACUUCAGUUCUCUUCUAUCGUGCACACCUGAUACAGUCUCAUACAGACAUCCAGUUAACGGGUCUUUUCUCAUCCAGUAUGUUGUUGAGGUAUUUAACACGUUCGCACGUGAGGAUCACGUCGAGGAACUUUUCAGAAAAGUCAUGCAACGCUUUGAAGAUUUUCCCAUUCAAAGGGAAAAACAGAUGCCGACCAAAGACAGAUGCACUCUGACAAAGCACUUCUACUUCUUUCCAGGCCUCUGAGGCAGGAGUCACUUCUUUCAUUUUAAGACAUG